AUGAAGUCACCAAAGCGUUUCAAAGAGCUCCACCUCGAUUCCUGGAGGCCAUCUCUAGCAUCAGGUUAUGAGAGUAGUAUCUCAUCCGCCCCUGGGCCACGCCUUCUUUUAUGCGGUCGACGAUCAUCAGGGCUGUCGACCCUUCUCAGGUGCCUUGUGAAUCGAACAUUAAUAAGUGAUGGUCCUCGUCGGCGCAAUGAACAGUCGCAGAAGGCGAUUGUAAUAGAUCUGGAUACGAGCCUGCCCGAAUUCUCUCCACCAGGCACCAUCAGUCUGGUUUCUUUACAGACCCCUAUCUUUGGGCCGGCAUUGAGUCACCCACUGUCGAUACAUGGCUCUUCAAGCCGGAUUCUGAAGAUGCACUUUCUAGGAGACGUCGAGGCGAGUGACAUCUGCAACUUGCAAGUUGAGUGUAUCUCAGAUCUGUUGAGCGUCGAGAAGCAGUUUCGACGUGGGCCCGGGAAUGCCAUCACGGUUAUCCUAGCACCAAAAUGGCUCAACGAUGUUGGUGGGGUGGUAGCUAGUAAAUUGUGGGCGGAGAUGGCGCCAACAGGUAUUGUGUGUCUCGAUCACAGCACGGCAUCAGCGCACCUACGACCAUGGAAGUCCCUGGCAGAGUCUACCGGCUGCCCCAUUCAAAAUCUACCUGUACCAACAUCGGAUAGGAUAGCACUGGUCCGGGAACACGACCUUCAGAUGCAAUCAUACUUCCAUUCUGUUCCCUCUGGAGCUGACCGUGUAUUCUGGGAUGGCAGACCAAUUAUGGCAGACACUGGAGCAGAAAUAACACUUGGCUAUCAAGGCAGACAUGCAGGAGUUGUUGGCAUUGCCCUUGUCAGUGGUCAUGUAGCUUUGGAAGAUACAUACGAUGUCCUGGAAGGCAGUAUAGUUGCUAUCGUGGCGGUGAAGGCCAGAAGCAUUGGCCCGUGGGAUGACGAGGCCAGAGAUGCCCAGGAUGCAGACGACAGGAGGCUUGAUGUGGAAGAUAGGCAUAUCUUACCCGGUGUGGCACGGACCGAAGAAGAUCUUCCCCGGUUAAUGACCGGCGAAGAAGGCUUUGGGUUACCGGCACUGAAUUCAGAGUGCCUGGGAUUGGGGUUCGUUACGAGGAUCGACAUUGCACAGCGACAGAUAAGAUUAAAAGCCGGAGGAGCACGGCAUGAGAUUCAGGAGCGAAUGCAGGGGCAACAAGUAGUGCUUGUGUUGCAGAAGGCCACAUCGGAUGGACGAUACAAGACGGAUUGGGCAAGGAGGGAGGUUGAACAGAUAGGAAGAGAAUAG